AAUUUCCUCCCACUAUCCACACACUAGACCUCCAACGCAUCCUCUUCCAAUCCCCUCCGGUGCUGGAAACUGCCACGAUGAAGCCGGUGCGGUCAGUGGUCGCGGGCAUUGCCGCCGUUCUCAUGGCCCUUGUCCUCUUAGGGUCAUCCCCCCAGGCCGAUGCCCACAACAUCACCCGGAUACUUGCCAAGCACCCGGAGUACUCGACCUUCAACCACUACCUUACGCUGACCCACCUGGCUGUGGAGAUCAACCGCCGCCUCACCAUCACGGUCCUCGCGGUGGACAACUCGGCCAUGUCGGACCUCCUCGCGAAGCACCUCUCACUCGGGACCAUCAAGAACGUGCUGUCCCUCCACAUUCUCGUGGAUUACUUUGGGGCCAAGAAACUCCACCAGCUCACCGACCGAACCACCUCCACAUCCACCCUCUUCCAGGCCUCAGGCGCAGCCCCCGGCACUGCCGGCUAUGUGAACAUCACUGACCUCAAGGGCGGGAAGGUCGCGUUCGGGUCCACCGAGACCGGGGACCUCAAUGCCAUGUUUGUCAAGUCCGUUGACGAGCGUCCCUACAACAUCUCUGUCUUGCAAAUCAGUCAGGUCUUGACUUCGCCGGAGGCGGAGGCCCCGACGGCGGCGCCGAGCGACCUGAACCUGACGGCGAUCCUGACGAAGCAGGGCUGCAAGGCGUUCGCCGACCUCAUAACCUCCUCCGGCGCGGGGCACACGUUCCAGGAGAACAUAGACGGCGGGCUGACGGUGUUCUGCCCGCCCGACAGCGUGGUGAACGCGUUCAUGCCCAAGUACAAGAACCUCACGGCGGCGCAGAAGGCCUCCCUCAUCCUCUACCACGGCGUCCCCGUCUACCAGUCCCUCCAGGGGAUGAAGUCCAGCAACGGCGUCAUGAACACCCUCGCGACGGACGGCGCGAACAAGUACGACUUCACGAUCCAGAACGACGGCGAGGAAGUGACGUUGAAGACGAAGGUCACGACGGCGACGAUCACCGGCACGGUGAUCGACCAGGACCCGCUCAUCGUCUUCAAGGUCGACAAGGUCCUGCAGCCGCGGGAGCUCUUUAAGGCCUCGGAGGCCGAGGAGGCGGAGGCCCCGGCGCCGAAGGCCACGAAGAAGAAGAAGAAGUCCACCGACGACUCCGACGCUGAGGCAGAUUCCCCCGACGCUUACUCCCCGGACGGCGAGCCGUCAGACUUGACGGAAGAAGACAAGGACGGGGCGGCGGGGCUCGUCGCCGGCGGGAGACUGCUGGCGGGUGUGGUACUGAGCUUGUGCUUGUCGGUGGCGAUGCUGUGAGAGAGUAUUAUCGUCUGGAAUCGGGUGUAAUUGCUCAGACAAAUAUCCACCGUUAGAUGCAAAUCUUCAUAUCAAAUCUCAAGAUCCAAUUGGUCCAUAGUUAGAGAGUCUAUAGAAAAAUCCAGAUGUGAUUAUGCGUGGUGGGGUCGGAAAGAACGUGAUACAGACAUGGCUUUUUCUUUGUCAAAAUUUGCUCUUUUUUUUUUAAAAAAAAAUUAUUAUUGUGGCUUUAGAUGAAUAGGGCUUAUAGAUCUGUCCUGUUGCAUUUUUGUGAUUUUGCUUUUUUUAAUUUUCUAUUUCUUUGUUGAUUGGAAAAGAUUUGCAAAAUAAUGUGAAAAUGAGGGUCCAUACAGGAAUAUUAUUCCAUUGUUUGAUUUUGUGGUUUUA